CCAAUUGACCGGUUUCAAUUCAACCGCAGCAAAAGCUGAUGUAGGAGUGAUUCUUGAUCUUGAUACUACCUUUGGAAAGAUGUGUAGGACUUGCAUCUCGAUGGCUGUCGAAGAAUUCUACGCCAACCGCGAUCACACCACCAUGAUCGUGCCUCAUUUCCGGGAUUCGAAGAGUGAUGUAAUCGCUGCAGCUUACGCAGCUAUAGAUCUAUUGAAGAACACUCAAGUGAUGGCGAUCUUCGGGCCACAAAACUCGAAUCAAGCCGACGUCGUGAUAAAUAUCGGCGACCGAGUAAAGGUUCCAAUCAUUUCACCAGCAAUGAGUCCAUCUAUUUCGCCUCAAGAUUCACCCUACUUCAUAAGAUCAGCAUGGCCUUCCUUUUCUCAAUCCAAAGCAAUCGCAGCAAUCGUAGAAAAGUAUAAUUGGUCGAAAGUCGUUUUCGUCUAUGAGGAUUCGGGUUUUGGGAGGGGUUUAGUCCCGUUCUUGGACGAGGACAUGCUCGAGAGCAACGCUCAUGUCUCGUACCAAACUGCUAUUUCCCCUACAGCCACUGGCGAUCAAAUCGGCCGCGAGCUAGACAAGUUGAUGAAGAUGCAGACGAGGGUGUUCGUCGUUGAUAUGCUUCCGGAUCUUGCAUCCCGGUUCUUCAAGUUGGCGAAAGAAGCCGGGAUGAUGGAGAAAGGAUAUGCUUGGAUUGUUUCUGAUCCUCUUGCUAGUCUCCCGGAUUUGAUGGAUUCGAAGACUGUGGAGGCAAUGCAGGGCGUACUAGGUGUGAAGGCCCUCGUUCGAGAAUCCGAAGAAGUUACAAACUUCACGAAGAGAUAUAACAAGAGGUUUCGCGAUGAUAAUCCGAAAAUGGAGGUAGUAGUAAAGCCAAAUAUUUUCGGCCUCUGGGCUUAUGACAGCAUGACAUCUAUAGCGGAUGCAAUCGAACGAGGUGAUGUGACAUCACCGCGGUUCAAUAGAUCAGUCGAUGGAGGAAAUACCACGGAUUUGGAGGCGAUAGGAACAUCAAAUGCUGGAUCUUUACUCAUUGGUUUGAUGAAAAACUACGCGUUGAAAGGGUUGAGUGGCGAUUUCAACAUAAGUAACGGCCAACUGCAGCCGUCUGCGUUUGAGGUAGUGAAUGUACAUGGG